AUGAGAUUUUUAUAUUGUGAUUCAAAUGUAACUCCUGAGAUGAAAGAAAAAAUUAAAAAAUUAUUAUUUGAGAAUGCAGAUAAAUUAAAUCACUAAAAUCCAGCACUCUUUUUAUAACAACUACUUAAUAAAAAUUUUGAAAAACUAUGGUAAAAGAUUUAAUAGUAAUUUGAUUAGGUUUGUUUAUGUAAUUUAUAGUCCUGUAGAAUUGGAAUACUAAAUUAGAACAAAUACUUAAAUAUGUAAUAUAAAUUUUGAUAUUUAUAGUAAUUGAUAUUGAAAUUGAGAAAACUAGAUAUAUUUUGGCAUAAUUUGAGGAAGUGAGUGUAGGAACAUUCUCUAAGGAUAAGUUUAUCAAAACUUGUUAGCAAAUUGAAAAGAAUAUUCAAUAGCAAUCACAUGACCUGAAUUCAGUUUUACAUGAAUCUAUAAAAUAUUUAGAAUAUAAUUUUGGAUCGAGUAGUCAUAUGAUGCUAAUUAAAUGUAAUGAAUAGGAAACAUAAAUAUAAUUUAAUGGUCCUAAUUAGAAUUAAUAUAUCUUCAAAACUUAGAUAAGUGCCUUAGAAUCAAUUUAAGGUGGAAUAUUUUAUAUUCCUUUGGGUGCUGAGGAAGAUGAAGGAAUGUAAGAUUUUCAUCAUAGAAAUACUUCAGGAGAAGAAGAAUUUGAUAAUAAUUAAAUAAGAGAUGAAAAUUACAUUUAAGAUGAAUAUGAAGAACCUAUGGAUUUAUAAUUUUAAGUUAUGCUAGAUCCUAAAGAUUUCAGAUAAUCAACAGAUUAAGUCAAAGUUAGUUUUGAUGAACUUGAAAUUUAACCACUGAAAUUGCAUUCCUUUUCUAUACUUUUUUAAAUUAUCAUAUCACCAUUCCCAAAAGAAAUAAGUAUUUACAUUUAUAAUCUAAAUAGAGGAUGAUUUAAAUGUAUUAUCAACUGGAAGUUCUUUAAUGUCUAAAAAUAUGACAUUUGGUAUUAAUAGAGAUUAACUUUUCUUUUUUAAUUUCUAACUUAUGACUGGUAAAAUGGAAACUCUCUAUUCUUAAAUGAAAAUAAAAAGGAAUCAGUAAUAUUAAGUAGCGCUUGUUUAUACUGAAACUGAAACUUAUAAGUAAAAAUUAAUCAAUUCUAUAAAUUAGAGAAGUAUCAAUGUAUAUUAAUGGAGCAAUUGAAAAUUAAAUAAAUUUAUCAUAAUAAUUAGAACCCCCAAGAGGAUUCUUUUGGAUUGGUUCUGAAUAAGCAUUAAAAUUAUUCAAGGGAACUCUUUGGGAUGUCUUAUUUAUAGCUUAAGCAUUACAUUAAAAACACAUUAAAUCUAUAUAUGCUGAACUUUAAAGUGCUUUGUCUCAUAAAUUCUAAAGAAAAUCAAUGGAAAUAGUUGAUGAAAUAUUGUAAUAAUUCAAAGAGGAAAUUCCUAUAGAUCAAGAUGAAUCUAAAUAUACUCAACCCUAAAGUUUUUUGAAAUAGUAAUCUAAGACUCUAACAAAGGCAAGUAAUAAGAAAUUAUAGAUUCCUCCUCAUUUAUAAAAGAGUUAUCAUGUAUUUGAAGAAAUUGAUAAAAAGAAAUUUUAAUAAUAAGAAUAACCUCAUUAAAAAACUAUUUAAGAAUUUGCAAGUAUUAUUUUUAUAUUAAUUUAAAAGAUAGAUUAAAAUAACUGUUUGUAUAAAAUGAAAUGUUAUAUCAUAAAUGUCAUGAAUUAAGUUUAAAUUUCUAUUGGGUAUUUACUACAGUGUAGUAAUUAGCACCACCAUUAGAAGAAAAUGGAAGUCCAAAAUUACCAUUUGAGUAUAUUCAUUAAGAAUUAUUUAAAGAAAGGUAAUAUAUGAUAUGAUGAAUUAUUUUAGAUUUGAAACUUAUCCUUAUUAUGCAAUAGAAUUUGAUAGAUUUUGUAAAGUUGUUUAACAUAGUGGUAUUUAAUUAUCACAUGAUGAUAUAUAUUAAUUAGCUGACAUAACUGAAUCUUUAAGAGAUAAUAAAAGAUUUGGUCAUUAUUUAAUAUAUGAUCGAUUCUUAUUAUCAAUCAGAUAAGCAGCAUUAACUGAAUAAGAAAUAGAAGAAGUUAAGAGUUAAUAUAAUACUGAUGAAAAAGAAGCUGAUUAAGAUUUAAUUAUUUAUACUAGAGGUAUCUCAAGAUCAAAACAGGCAUAAGAACAUAACUUUAGUUUUUUUGAAUAAUUAAAAGUAUUAGUUGGAUCUGAGAAUGAGGCAUUUAAAUAUAAUAUUUAAUAUCUUUUGGCUUACUUUGUAAAUAAUGAUGAAUUUGUAUAAAAAUUAACAGCUGUGUAUAUUCAUAAAGAAACAGGGUAGGAAGUGGAAAUUGAAGGAAUCGAUCUAUUUUCUUAUGAGUAGGAUAAAAUAUUUUAAUAGAAAUUAGAUAUUUCUGAAGAGACUUAACCUAAAUACUUCAGAGUACAUUAUAAUGGUGAAAAUAUGGCAAUGAUAUCAUUUAAAACACAUGAAGCAGAAGAAACAUUUAGAAUAGAUAAAACAUUUAUAUAUAGAGAAGGAUAAGAUGCUACUGGUUAAUUAGAAACUUAUGCAUUUGAAUAAUAGAGAUUAGCUGGAUUUAGAGGUAAAAUUGUUAGAAAAGAUGAUUAUUCUCAAAUUAUUAUGUUAGCAGCAGAAUAUUUAUAAAAAGAUCCAAAAGUAGAGGAACAAAAACGAAAUCAACCUGAAACAUUACCAUAAUUACCCGAAAAUUGGAAUUAAGGAAAAUUUUAACUAAUUAUUAAUAGAUGUUCUGAUUGUGAAAAACAUAAAACAACAACAUGGCAUUAUGAAGCUGAUUUUGCAAGUAAAUUUAAUGAAAUUGGAUAAAUAUUAAAAGAUAUGUUUCCAAAUAUUGAAAUAAUAGGAAAUUGGGAUAAAACAUAAUAAUUAGAACAUUUUGAUGUAUAUAUAAGAGGAGUUGGUUAAUUAAAUUAAAUGGAUAAGGAAGGUAGAGUAUUUUUAUUUAGAAAGAAUGAAAAAUUAGCUAAAUUUUUAGAUUGUUUUUUAAAGAGAAUGUUAAAGGUUUAUGAUGAUAUAGUAUUAAUUGCAUAAGCAUAUGGAGAUACAAAUUACAUGGCUAGUAAAUAAGAAUAAUUUUUGAAAAGUAAUAAUUAUUCAUAAAGAUCAAAAAUAUCUCAUGAUCAUCCAUGCAAUGUACCUGAUAAAUAAGAGAAAUCAGAAAAAGGAGAAGCAUAAUUGGCUGGUAUGGAUUUUAUUUGUAAAAAUUGGGGUUGUGGAUAACCAUUUAAAUAUGAUUCAACUCCAAAUGGAAUAAAAACAUGUAAACAUCAUCCUGGUAGAUAUGAAUUUGGAUCUAAACAUGGAUUAUGGCCAGAAUGUUGGACAUGUUGUGGUAAAAAAUGGGAAGCAGAAGGAUGUAGAUUAGCUUAUCAUAAAGGUGUUCCUGAAAAAGAUUUUUAUAAUAUAUGUAUUAAUGUAGGACCUUUAGAUUCUAAAACUGGUUAUCCUGAAGGAACAUGUGGAAUGAGAUUUUAAGAUGGUGAUUCUUCUGAAUGUAAAUAUAAUUCAGGAACUCAUUAAGCUGCAAAAUGGCCAGAUCCUGCUGCUAAAGUCUAUUUUGUAUAAAAAAUACAUACUGUAAUUUUAUUAUUAUAAUUUAUAGAAUCCUGCAUAAAAAGAAAAAGAAACAUAACCUAAUAAAAAUAUUUAACUUAGACCAGAUGUAUUUAGAGAAACUAAACCUUACAAUGAAUUUAUUAAUAAAGAUAGAUAAAGAUAAAUGAAAUUAAUUGAAACUGAAAAAGAAUUAAGNGCAAUGAUAUCAUUUAAAACACAUGAAGCAGAAGAAACAUUUAGAAUAGAUAAAACAUUUAUAUAUAGAGAAGGAUAAGAUGCUACUGGUUAAUUAGAAACUUAUGCAUUUGAAUAAUAGAGAUUAGCUGGAUUUAGAGGUAAAAUUGUUAGAAAAGAUGAUUAUUCUCAAAUUAUUAUGUUAGCAGCAGAAUAUUUAUAAAAAGAUCCAAAAGUAGAGGAACAAAAACGAAAUCAACCUGAAACAUUACCAUAAUUACCCGAAAAUUGGAAUUAAGGAAAAUUUUAACUAAUUAUUAAUAGAUGUUCUGAUUGUGAUAAACACAAAACAACAACAUGGCAUUAUGAAGCUGAUUUUGCAAGUAAAUUUAAUGAAAUUGGAUAAAUAUUAAAAGAUAUGUUUCCAAAUAUUGAAAUAAUAGGAAAUUGGGAUAAAACAUAAUAAUUAGAACAUUUUGAUGUAUAUAUAAGAGGAGUUGGUUAAUUAAAUUAAAUGGAUAAGGAAGGUAGAGUAUUUUUAUUUAGAAAGAAUGAAAAAUUAGCUAAAUUUUUAGAUUGUUUUUUAAAGAGAAUGUUAAAGGUUUAUGAUGAUAUAGUAUUAAUUGCAUAAGCAUAUGGAGAUACAAAUUACAUGGCUAGUAAAUAAGAAUAAUUUUUGAAAAGUAAUAAUUAUUCAUAAAGAUCAAAAAUAUCUCAUGAUCAUCCAUGCAAUGUACCUGAUAAAUAAGAGAAAUCAGAAAAAGGAGAAGCAUAAUUGGCUGGUAUGGAUUUUAUUUGUAAAAAUUGGGGUUGUGGAUAACCAUUUAAAUAUGAUUCAACUCCAAAUGGAAUAAAAACAUGUAAACAUCAUCCUGGUAGAUAUGAAUUUGGAUCUAAACAUGGAUUAUGGCCAGAAUGUUGGACAUGUUGUGGUAAAAAAUGGGAAGCAGAAGGAUGUAGAUUAGCUUAUCAUAAAGGUGUUCCUGAAAAAGAUUUUUAUAAUAUAUGUAUUAAUGUAGGACCUUUAGAUUCUAAAACUGGUUAUCCUGAAGGAACAUGUGGAAUGAGAUUUUAAGAUGGUGAUUCUUCUGAAUGUAAAUAUAAUUCAGGAACUCAUUAAGCUGCAAAAUGGCCAGAUCCUGCUGCUAAAGUCUAUUUUGUAUAAAAAAUACAUACUGUAAUUUUAUUAUUAUAAUUUAUAGAAUCCUGCAUAAAAAGAAAAAGAAACAUAACCUAAUAAAAAUAUUUAACUUAGACCAGAUGUAUUUAGAGAAACUAAACCUUACAAUGAAUUUAUUAAUAAAGAUAGAUAAAGAUAAAUGAAAUUAAUUGAAACUGAAAAAGAAUUAAGAANACAUUACCAUAAUUACCCGAAAAUUGGAAUUAAGGAAAAUUUUAACUAAUUAUUAAUAGAUGUUCUGAUUGUGAUAAACACAAAACAACAACAUGGCAUUAUGAAGCUGAUUUUGCAAGUAAAUUUAAUGAAAUUGGAUAAAUAUUAAAAGAUAUGUUUCCAAAUAUUGAAAUAAUAGGAAAUUGGGAUAAAACAUAAUAAUUAGAACAUUUUGAUGUAUAUAUAAGAGGAGUUGGUUAAUUAAAUUAAAUGGAUAAGGAAGGUAGAGUAUUUUUAUUUAGAAAGAAUGAAAAAUUAGCUAAAUUUUUAGAUUGUUUUUUAAAGAGAAUGUUAAAGGUUUAUGAUGAUAUAGUAUUAAUUGCAUAAGCAUAUGGAGAUACAAAUUACAUGGCUAGUAAAUAAGAAUAAUUUUUGAAAAGUAAUAAUUAUUCAUAAAGAUCAAAAAUAUCUCAUGAUCAUCCAUGCAAUGUACCUGAUAAAUAAGAGAAAUCAGAAAAAGGAGAAGCAUAAUUGGCUGGUAUGGAUUUUAUUUGUAAAAAUUGGGGUUGUGGAUAACCAUUUAAAUAUGAUUCAACUCCAAAUGGAAUAAAAACAUGUAAACAUCAUCCUGGUAGAUAUGAAUUUGGAUCUAAACAUGGAUUAUGGCCAGAAUGUUGGACAUGUUGUGGUAAAAAAUGGGAAGCAGAAGGAUGUAGAUUAGCUUAUCAUAAAGGUGUUCCUGAAAAAGAUUUUUAUAAUAUAUGUAUUAAUGUAGGACCUUUAGAUUCUAAAACUGGUUAUCCUGAAGGAACAUGUGGAAUGAGAUUUUAAGAUGGUGAUUCUUCUGAAUGUAAAUAUAAUUCAGGAACUCAUUAAGCUGCAAAAUGGCCAGAUCCUGCUGCUAAAGUCUAUUUUGUAUAAAAAAUACAUACUGUAAUUUUAUUAUUAUAAUUUAUAGAAUCCUGCAUAAAAAGAAAAAGAAACAUAACCUAAUAAAAAUAUUUAACUUAGACCAGAUGUAUUUAGAGAAACUAAACCUUACAAUGAAUUUAUUAAUAAAGAUAGAUAAAGAUAAAUGAAAUUAAUUGAAACUGAAAAAGAAUUAAGAACCUGUACUAAUUGGGCAUGUGGAAAAUAAUAUCGUGAAAUUGAAAAUAGAAAAAAAAGAAUGUGCAAAUGUCAUCCUGGAGUAUUUGAUUUUGGACAUACUGCUACUAAAAUUUAAGAAGCUAUUGAAGAAUAUAAAUAAGAUAAAGGAUCUAAAAUUUUAUGGAGACCACAGUAUAUUUUAUAUUUUAUAACAUUAUAGUUGGACUUGUUGCAGAAAAUCUUGGAAUGAACCAGGAUGUACUUUAUAAUAACACUCAGGACCUUUAGUUGUAGAAUAUAAACCAAAUAAAUAUUUAUGGCCAGAUCCAAAAGCAUAAAUUUAUUUCAAAAAGAAAGUUUCAGAAAAUUGGACCAGAAUGCUUGAAUAACAUCAUAGUCUAACACCAGAAACAGCUAGUUUGAAAUAUGAUCUUUUAUGUAAAACUUUAGGUUCUGGAGGAGUAAUAAAUAUAUUAUAUUCUCUUAGUUAAUAUCUGCUUAUAGACUGCCUGAAUUAUGUGACAAAUUUGAACUUAAUUUAUGGGUUUGUAGUGAAGAUUUAGCAUUUUAAUUUAAAUUUACAGAUAUUAUGGAAGGAAGAGCUCAAGAAUAUUUGGCUGACACAAGUGGAAAUAUUGAUAAGCAUAAAUUUUUAGAUUGGUGGUUUGCUGAUGUCAAUAGAAUGUUGGAAAUUUCAUAAAAAUGA